AUGGCUUGUACAAGCCCCAAUAACUACCUUGCUGCAUAUGAUCCUGAGUGGGAUUUCUGGUCCGUCAAGAAAAAACGUUGCAGCUCAGCACCGCGUCCAUGGGAGGCCCGCUCCCGCCUCCGAGACAUCCUUGCCAGUGCAAGUUCUGUGAAACGCCAGAACAGCAUUGGAGUUGGCAGAAGAGUGUGGAUACGAGGAGGCGGACGACGAGCUCCCACCUCCACGUGGUGUUUGUUGGGAACUCUCAGAGAAACAGUAUGGCUGUCUCUGAGUGCCAGGAGGAGCUCAACAACGCGAUUAUCCACCACCAACGACGCAUCGAAGCGGCGGAAAACAAUCUCGGAACCUCAGGAAACACCAAAUAUACGGCCCCAGUACAGAAAGGAAGUUGUGUCCCCUUUCAACUUUACGGUAUCCGAGAUUGACGAGUACGCGAUGGAGACACGGAUUAGAAGGAACGGAUAUGCCCAGAUCAUCAUCAAUGACCGUCAACAGCAUAGAACCUAUUGUCAAGAACACAAUAUCUUCCAUCAACAGCGCGUCGACGCGCCGAAAUCCGACCCUCCGAACCUCAAGAAACACCAAACAUACAGCCCCAGUACAGAAAGGAAUUUGUGCCCCCUUUCAACGUACGCCCCUUGGGUGGAAAGUGGACUUGGUCUCUCCACUUUCUUGCCCGACAACAGUUUACGGAAUCAGAGCGUCGGAUCUACGCGACAGAGACACGGAUUAGAAGGAACAGAUACAACUGAAACAGCAACAGAAUAG